GGAGGAGGACAAGUAGCCGCCGGGAGGAACCUCCCGGCUCGUCCCCUUCUCCUUCCCCGUCCCCCAUUGCCUCCUCUCUCUGCCUUUCUAGCGAUUCCCACCCGCAGCUUCCUCCGCCGCCGCGCUACCGGGAGGGGAGGGGAGGGGGCGGUCAGACUGCGAGAUGGCUUCGCCGGAGGCAUCGGCGGCGGCCGGGGAUGCGGCGGCCCAGACGGCCGCCGUCGAGGUGGAGCCGAUCCGGCUGCCGUCGCAUGAGGACAUGAAGAUGCAGGACACGUACAACAACUGCGUCGUCCGGAGCGUCCUGAGUGGUGUCAUGGGUGGUGGUCUUGGUGUAAUGAUGGGACUAUUUCUUGGAGCUUUGGAGAAUCCAGUCAUGGCAGAGGAGAUGACAGCAAGGCAACAAAUAGUCUACCAGGCAAAGCAGAUGGGAAGGAGAAGUAUGGGCAAUGCUAAGACCUUUGCAGUAAUGGGCCUGAUUUUCUCUGCAGUUGAAUGUGUCGUAGAGAAGGCUCGGGCAAGGCAUGACGUUACCAAUUCAGCAGUAGCUGGUUGUGUUACAGGAGGAGCUUUAGCUGUGAAAGGUGGCCCUCAAGCUGCUUGUAUGGGCUGUGCGGGUUUUGCUGCCUUUUCGGUGGCAAUUGAGAAGUUCAUGGAUCGCCAUACUUGAAUCAGUGGUGGAAACAUUGCAUCCUCUAUACAUGUCAGUAAAUCAAGUGGUCGUUUUUGUGGCAAGCAUUAGCAGGAUUCAGCAUUGCCUGGAGAACUUCUAGUUAUAAUUUGCAAUAUUUAGUGGUUGUUACAUGUAUCCAGGGAUCUUGUAACCUAAGUUUUGUAACUUCCGGCUAUCCUUGGCACUGAGUAGCUAUAAUUCUAGCAGUCUGUCUGCCGAUUCGAUGCUAUGUUAUGUCAUUGCUGUAAUUUUACUGAUGCAAUAGCAGACUGCUUCGGCUGGGCUGUAUUUCUUC